AUGCAGCUCAGUCCUUUGCAGUCGCGACUAGUCGCCUCGAUAGCUGCCUCGUUCGUCAUAUUCGUCAUCUACGUAUUCCUAUUUCCACCACAAUUCGCACUGGCAGCGGAGAUAGCCUUCGACCGCGGUAGCGAUGUUGUAGAUGCAUGGGCUUUCAUGGAUGAAGAGAGAGAGGAGGAGAAGGAGGAGGGGAAGGAGGGGAGGGAGGAGGAAGACGAGACACUCGAGUUGAGGAGUCCCACAUACGAGCCCGAUUUUGGGCUGUUCGACAGGAGUAUUAUAGGAAAAGCGCUUGCGGGCGUCACGAGUUUGACGAAUAACGAGAAGCGCAACCUGAACCUGAACGAGGGCACGUCGGUUGCGUUUGUAUUUGAGGUCGCUUCCAUCUCCGGCAGAGAAGCCGACCACUCAGGAGUCUCGGAGUUACGCAAGAGGACGGACGGAACACAGGGUCCGGAUGCACUGGAGGACGACGAGAAUGGAGAGGAGGUCGCUGAGUUGAGACCAAGGGCGACGAAGACCUUGUGGAUAUCAGCAAAUACAUGCUUGCAGCCAGACAGGCCAGAGGCGAACUCGACGGCCAUGGAUCCGCCGCAGCUCACGCUGUACGUCUCGACCUCGACAAAGAACGAUUCACCCGGUCCAGGGGCGCCGCCUGAUGAGCAGAAGACGGUUGUCUUCAAGGAAGGAGCUGUCAUGUACAACACUACCUUCACAGACGACGUCUACUUUACCGUCACGGCGCCUAAUGUUUCCGAAUGGUUUACGUCGUAUCUUUACAACGUAGACGUUGCUGCGUCUGUUGAUCAGUCGUAUCAUACCUACGAUGAGACCAGCGAUCCGGAUCUGGUCUGGGUGGACAGCGAUGCAGGCGCGGCAUUGUUGAUGACGGGAAACUUGACCAACAGCUCUGCCGUGAUACUGUCGAGAGCGCCCUACACCAUGUUUGCGUUCCCGCAAGGCGACGUGACCGUCAAUGGUGUGCGCAACUCGUAUUGCGGCCUGAAGGAGUACGCGGCGAUUGGAGGCAGCAAAUCGACCCUGCCCACAAAUAUGUUGUCGACAGGGUUGACGAGAAGAGGAGAGGGAAAUGUCACCAAGCAGGAGUUCUUCAUCACCGGGCUGAACAAGAGUUCGAUUUAUGAGGCCAUCUUAGUGCAAGAACCCGACACUGGCUCCUUGAGCACGAGGGACAAUGUUGCAGGAGGUGGCGGUGUCGUCUUUCGACAAACUGAAUUUGAUACCAAGUCCACCGACACAUGCAUGGUAAUCUCCAACCUCACGUUCUGCGACCAAACAGCCUAUUCCGUUCCUGGCAACGAGCAGAAAUACGGCGGCGAAAAGAUCCAAGACCUCAAGGAUUUCUACGACAACUAUGCCAAAGAAAUGUACGACAACUUCAGCAAAGCCAUGAUGCAGAUCCAGUGCGACGUCGCAAACACUUCAAAGUACUCCCUGGCCAAGACGUGUGACGACUGCAAGAGCGCCUACAAGAACUGGGUGUGCUCCGUGGCCAUCCCGCGCUGCGAGGACUUCUCCAACCCGGACGACUUCCUCCAGAUGCGCAACAUCAUGGCCAAGUUCCCCGACGGGACCUCCGUGGAGCCGUCCAUCAUAGAGCAGUACGGCAACAUGGUCGCUUUUAAUUCCUCGCGGGUGCCGAAUAUCGACGAGAAGGUGCAGCCUGGCCCCUACAAGGAGGUCCUGCCCUGUGACGACCUCUGCUAUUCCCUCGUGCAGAGCUGUCCCGCCGCUCUGGGCUUCGCGUGUCCGCUGCCCGGCAUGACCGCGUUCGACACCAGCUAUGGCACGAGGCAGAGGGAGAGUAAUAGCACGUCGAACGUUACAUGCAACUACCCUGGAUCGGCGCAUUACAAAUCCGCAGCGUCGGCGUCGGCGGCACUUUCUUCGACUGCCGUGUUCGUCUGCAUCCUUGCUGGGUUGCUGCUAUCAUGA